AUGGUGUCGCCUCAGAGCAGCACUGGAGCCUACACGACCGCGUUCGCCCUGUUCGAGGCUCUCUGGGAAGCGGGAAUCACGGCAUGCUUCGUCAACGUCGGAUCUGAUCACCCGUCCAUUAUCGAGGCCAUCGUCAAAGGCAAGAGAGAACGGCCUAAUUCCUGGCCCCGGAUGAUUACGUGCCCUUCCGAGAUCACUGCCAUAUCGAUGGCUGAUGGCUAUGCACGAGUCUCAGGACGACCACAGGCUGUGCUUGUGCACGUCGACGUUGGUACACAGGCUCUGGGUCAAGGUGUUCAUAACGCAAGCAUCGGCCGCGCCCCGGUCUUCAUUUUUGCAGGCCUCUGUCCAUAUACCGAAUCUGGAGAGCUCCCCGGCUCACGGACUGAAUAUAUGCAUUGGCUGCAAGAAGCGCCAGAUCAGAAAGCUAUUGUGCGACAAUAUUGCAGGUAUACAGGUGAAGUCCGUACUGGGCUCAACAUUAAACAGACCAUUGGGCGCGCCCUUCAAUUUGCAGAAAGCACGCCUAAAGGCCCUGUAUACAUCGCUAGCGCACGAGAGGUUCUGGCUCAAGAAAUUCCGCCGUAUUCACUGGAUCACGAUCAAUGGGUGCCGAUCGGGCCGAGCGCACUUCCAGCCGAUGCUGUUCACGAUAUCUGUACAGCGUUAGUCCAAGCUGAACGCCCACUGGUCAUUACAGGAUACUCUGGCCGCGAUCGACGAACACCAGAACUCCUCGUCGCCUUAGCCGACCUACUUCCUGGUAUACGUGUACAUGACACGGGAGGGAGCGAUGUAUGCUUCCCUUUCUCCCAUAUCGCGUCCGAAGGCUUCCGCCUUAGCUACGACGAAUGCACGAAAAAUGCGGAUAUGAUCUUAUUACUUGAUUGCGAUGUCCCCUGGAUCCCCUCUCGCAACCCGCCACAAAAGGGUGUUAGGAUAUAUCACGUGGAUAUUGAUCCCCUCAAUCAACAGAUUCCCGUAUCCUUCUUCCCUGCACAUGGACGCUGGAAAGCCGACAGCUUCACUGCACUAACACAGUUAGUCAACUGCAUAAAGAGUCACGAAUCUUUGGCGAUUCAAGAUCCCAAGUUUGCAGCUCGCAAAGUUGCCCGCGCCGAAAUCCAUAAGGCUCGCCUAGCGAAUAUUGCUUCUCAACCUCGGUUAGGUGACUCGGAACCAUUAGACGCACACAACAUUGGGAGUCUUCUCAAGAAAAUACUCCCGGACUCCACAACAUUUGUUAUCGAAGCAGUCACAGCUUCCCAGAUAUUACACGAUCAGUUGCAGCCCAGCCGAGCGGGAAGCUGGAUUAAUUGUGGUGGAACAGGUAUCGGAUGGAGCAAUGGCGCGGCGCUAGGCGUCCAGAUGGCACUCACAGAUUUAGAGAGUAAGGGUGAGCGCAAGCAAGGACUUGUGUGCCACGUUGUCGGUGAUGGAAGUUUUAUGUGUGCAGCACCCUCCAGUGCGCUAUGGGUCGCCAGCAAAUACGAGAUUCCAAUCCUGACGAUUGUCUUAAACAACGGCGGCUGGAAAGCUCCCCGAAACUCGACGGAGCUUGUAUACCCCACUGGUCUAAGUACAUCCGCCUCCGACGACGAAGUUAACGUUUCCUUCCGUCCAACACCCAAUUAUGCUGCUUUGGCCGAGGCAGCGACCGGUUCUGAGGUAAACUGGGGGGGCCAGACACAGCCACAAGGCUGGACAAAAGGCGUACGAGCGAGAACGGUGAAAGAUCUGAAGGAGGCGCUUCAACUUGCGUGUUCGAGGGUAGUCAGAGAACGGAAAGGGAUGCUAGUUGAGGCGUUGAUGUAG